AUGGCGCGUGCUACCGGACCUGAGCGGCGGCUGCUGGCCAUCUACACGGGCGGCACCAUCGGCAUGCGGAGCGAAGGCGGAGUGCUGGUUCCUGGACGAGGCCUGGCUGCCGUCCUGCGGACACUUCACAUGUUCCAUGAUGAAGAGUAUGCCAGGACCCACAGCCUGCCCGAGGAUACGCUGGUGCUGCCCCCGGCAAGUCCUGACCAGAGGAUCAUCUACACGGUUCUGGAGUGCCAGCCACUCUUCGACUCCAGUGACAUGACCAUCACUGAGUGGGUUCAGAUUGCCCAAACCAUAGAGAGACACUACGCCCAGUACCAGGGCUUUGUGGUCAUCCAUGGCACGGACACCAUGGCCUUUGCUGCCUCAGUGCUCUCUUUCAUGCUGGAAAACCUGCAGAAACCGGUCAUCCUCACCGGUGCCCAGGUACCUAUCCACGCGCUGUGGAGUGAUGGCCGUGAGAACCUGCUGGGGGCUCUGCUCAUGGCUGGCCAGUACGUCAUCCCUGAGGUCUGCCUGUUCUUCCAGAAUCAGCUCUUCCGGGGCAAUCGGACAACCAAGGUGGAUGCUAGGAGGUUUGCAGCUUUCUGCUCCCCUAACCUGCCCCCUCUAGCCACUGUGGGCGCAGAUGUGACAAUCAACCGUGAGCUGGUCCGGAAGGCCAGCGGGAAGAACCACCUGGUGGUGCACAGCAGCAUGGAACCCGACGUGGGCCUCCUGCGCCUCUACCCUGGGAUUCCCGCCUCCCUGAUACGGACCUUCCUGCAGCCCCCGCUGAAGGGUGUGGUCAUGGAGACCUUCGGCUCCGGGAACGGGCCCACCAAGCCAGACCUGCUCCAGGAGCUUCGGGCGGCGUCUGAACAAGGCCUCAUCAUUGUCAACUGUACCCAUUGCCUUCAGGGGACUGUGACUUCCGACUAUGCAUCUGGCAUGGCCAUGGCAGGAGCUGGCAUAGUUUCGGGCUUCGACAUGACAUCAGAGGCUGCCCUGGCCAAACUGUCCUAUGUGCUGGGCCAGCCAGGGCUGAGCCUGAAGGACAGGAAGAAGCUGCUGGCCAAGGAUCUUCGUGGAGAGAUGACGCUUCCUCCAACAGAUGCCUUCCUGCAAGAUGGCUGCAGGGUAGCACGGCUUCUCAGUAUGAGUGGCAGCCAGGAGGCCGAUGCCAUGAAGGAUGUUCUGCCCGGCCUGGCCCUGGCUGCAGCUCACGCUGGUGACCUGGAUACUCUGCAGGCCUUUGUGGAGCUGGGCAGAGACCUAAAUCUGAAGGACUACAGUGGUCAAACCCCACUGCAUGCGGCCGCACGGAGGGGCCACGCUGCAGUGGUCAGCAUGCUGCUACAGAGGGGCGUGGACGUGGAUGCCCGUAAUGAGGAUGGCGAGAGCCCACUGCUGCUGGCCGUGAGGGGCAGGCAUCAGAGUGUCAUUGGGCUGCUGCGGGCUGCUGGGGCUCACCUGUCUCCCCAGGAGCUGGAGGGCGUUGGGACAGAGCUGUGCAGGCUGGCAUCAAGGGGAGACAGCGAAGGCCUGAAGGCAUGGUGGCAGGCUGGGGCUGACCUGGGACAGCUGGACUAUGGUGGACACUGUGCCCUGCAAGUAGCUGAAGCAGCUGGGAAUGCAGAUGUGGUGAGCCUGAUACGGAGCCUUAAGGACGAGGCAGCGGCCAGCCCCACUCGGUCCUGGGCUGGGCCGAUAGCGCCUCAGUGACCUCUCAUUGCUUUGCAACUGGAUUGUGGCACCUGGUGUCCCAGAGCCUAUUUUGGAAACAGCUGGAGGACGUGGAUAUGGGAGACGCGUCAUCCAGAGCCUUUCUUGGGGACCCCUAGAGUAAACACAAUCUUCUGGAGAUAGAGGCUGCUGGGGCUUCAUGUAGGAGAAGCCCAUCUCAGACCUUCGCCCUAUCCAGUCUCGAGCUGAGUAACCAGAAAGGCCUAGGCCUGCUCCCAGCUGACAUCCAUCCAGUUUCUCUGGAGUUUUGAGACUGGGUGGGUGACAUCCAAACUCCUGGGACUGCCUGGACUCCAUACACAGCGUGUCUGGGGUGCAGUAGGGGGAGCCCUACCUCCGGAUGCAUCCCUUGCACAUCCUCAGCAGACCUUGUUUUUCCGGAAGUGCUCCUUGCCCCCCAACCUGCCACCCUGCUGCAGCAGGAGCGCUUCCUUACUGCCCAGCGGACCUCGGGCACACAGCAGCCGACUGGCUAACGUUGUAUCUGGUGAGACCUUGACGGGUUUCAAAAGCCAGCUCUGUUCUCGCCUUGUCAUCCCCUCCAGCCACGCGCCCCCGGAGCUGACUCAGGGCAUCGGACUUUACCCUCCCUAAGUUGGGGUCAUCUUCUGAUAAACUGCUUCCCAGCCUGUUGGUAUGACAGUCUGGAGGUCUUUGAUGAGCAGAA